AUGGCUGAACUUUUGGCCAUUAAGCAUGGUAUUGAAUUAGCUUGGAGCCUGGGUUACCGCAAAGUGGUGUGUGAAUCUGACUGCCUAGAAGCUGUGGAAGCAAUCACUCAUUUUACUUUGGCCUCCAUGGCUUCCCCCUCUGUGCGAGAUCUCUUGAUAGAUAUUCGUCUUCUUCUUUCCAGAACGUGGCAAACUCAGCUUUUAUGUAUUCCCCGUGAAGCUAACACUGUUGCAGACCGCUUGGCAACUUUUGGAAGUCACAAUGUGACACGUGAAUUUAUUGUGCCACCGCCGUCAGUUAUGGAGGCUUUCUUGCAUGAUUUAUUAGCCCUAGGCUAG